AUGGGUUGCUCGCUUUCAUCUCUUUGGGCUUUGGAAGUACGCAUAUCCGAUCGAACGAUAGAUGAGAGAGUCUUUGGGACGGGUGGCACGAAACCGAGUGCUAUGAUCUUGCCCGCUACACCCAUUCGUGCGGAGCAGUAUAUUCGGAUUAUCGUCAGCAAACUAUUCUGUAAUCGAGCGGUUACCUCAGGCACACAUUCUGACAGUCUCCCUAGUCCACCGCUCAUUCUUCCUAUACCAUUCGAGGAAGUGAUACCACAAGCUUCAGCCUCGCCUCUGGCACCCAACAAGUCUUUGAAUUCGACCAGAGAACUGACUAUUGGUCGUCUCGAGGGAACAACCACAGAGGAGCUGGGGACGCUCGACCAGGGGCAACAAUGCUUCGGUGGGCUUGGCCAGGGACUGGUCAUGCAAGUACUAUCAUAUCGACUGGAACCCUGA